UGGAUGGAUGCGAACUGCAGGGAGAUGCACAAUUAUCGGGAUAAAAAGUGAUAGAUGAGGAGGGAUUCGAACAGUGAAUGAGGAGAGGGUGAUCGCAGAAAGGCAGGCUAUAAAUGCAAGAGGAGGAUGGAGUGCAAGUCACAAGUUCCACCGGCUCAGUGAAAGUAAAGUCAACUCAAUAUUUACAUCGGCAAAGUUAUUAGCUCACCGGUCAUCAUCAUCAUCAUGGGAAGCAAAACAGUGUUGUUAGAUUUCGUGCUCCGACUUGCUCUGAUCAGCUUACUAGCGACACAACUAGUGAACGCAGCAGCUGUGAAAGAAGAGGAUGAGGAGACGUCCCCCAAGGACAAGAGAACGGCUGCCAUGCCAGCUGGGGCGGGUGGAUAUGCAUCUGGGUACCCAGCCGCUGGCUAUCCCUUCCCUGCAACCUACCCCUUGCAACAACAACAAGGACAUGCUUCACCCCUCUUCGUCCCCAACCAACACUCGUUCAACCUCCAAGACUUUGGAGGAUUAGGAGGGUUGGGAGGGUAUGGAGGUCUGGGAUAUGGAGGACUUGGUGGACUAGGAUAUGGAGGUCUCAACUUUGGAUCCUAUGGGUCACAGUUUGGUGGUUUGGGAUCAGCGUCGCAGUUUGGGGGAUUAGGAGCGUUCAAGUUGUCACCGUUCCCGUUCGCCCUGGCAAGUCCAGCUGCUGUCAACCCGGCAGCUGCAGCUGCACAUGCCUACCCUGCAGCGGCUGCACCUUCAGGUGGUCUGUCAAGCUACGCCACUGCCAUCCCAACCCCUCUCUACUCUACUGCUUCACCAACCUAUGGAUCACCAACUGCCUACUCGCAAUCGGCCUACUCCCCAUCAUCAACUUCCCAGUCACCAACAUCCUCACCUUACGCAUCUUCAGGAUCAUCCUCAUCGUUCAGCCCUUACUACAGCUCCUCAUCACCAUCUUCAUCCUCCCACUCAGGUUAUGCCACCUCGGAAUACUCAGGAUACAACAGUGGAUCAUCCUCCUCCUCUUCUUCUUACCCCUCAUCCUCACCCUACUCCAGCUACUCUUACCCCUCCUCCUCUUCCUCCAGUUCCUACCCAUCCUCCUCAUCCUACUACUCAUCACCAUCCUCAUCUUCCUCCUCCUCCUCAUUCUACCCAUCUCACGGUUACAGUUCCCCAUCAUCCUCAUCAACCUCCACAUCAUCCCAAUAUGCUUCCUCACCUUCAACCACCUAUGUUCCUUCAUCUCUGUACACUUCAAAGGCAUUUGAGGCUUCCCUCCAGGCCUAUUCGCCACAUUCAUACUCGUCGUCAGCUUCGUCUCCCUACUCGUACUACAGCUCUCCGCAGUACUCUUCCUCAAGCUAUCCCUACUCGUCAAGUUCCUCACCAUCAAGCGCCUACCACUCAAGCGCUUAUAGGCACUAAUAUGUAUUUCCUUAAUUAUUUGAAUCAACUUUUGUUAUCGAAAUAACUUUUUUCUCUAUCAUAUUCCUCCUUCUUCUACUUUCUAGAAAUCUAUUCUCUGAUCCAUGAAGUAUCGAUAGAUUGGUUAUUCCACGACUGAACUAACAUGUCUUUAAAAGACUUUCUUCAUAGAAUGGAAGUGAUGUCAAUAUUAUUUAGUAAUUUCUUUGUCUCGCAAGAUGCUUAUUCUCUUCAUUAAUUGACAUCUAUCUACUGUAAUACUUUAGGUAUCUUAAAAUCAUUCUAAUUGCUCUUCUUCUAUCACUGCUAAUACCACAAGUCUCAAUGACUACUUCUCAUACGAGAAAAAUCGCAAAAUCGUUAAUACUCCAGCAGUAGACACAGAAAUGCUGUCAAUUCAUCCAUUUUAAGGUGGAAUGAAAAAUAUGUUGUCAGUUCCACAUACUCAUGUGGAAUUGGAGAGACUGUGAUUAUAAGAAUUAGGAGAAUAUUCUUCGAAAUAAUAUUAUCUGUUAUCUUUGUCUUCAUCUUGACCUAUUUCUUCAGUACUUCGGUUGAUUACACUAAUCUUGUAAAAUAUGAUUAGCCGAACCUUUUCCUAUUUCAUGUGCUAUAAUGUAUCUUAUUUGUGUAUUCUUAAACUUGAUUCCUACUAGUAGUAUCUAAUGAAUUCCUCUUCUCUUUCUGCCAUGAUACUCACCUAUUCAUUAAUAACGUUUUUUGUAAAAGUAGCACACUUCAAAAACUUCUAUUCUUGCAUGAUUCUAUAAUUUUUAUCCACCUCCUUUCGCCAUCAUUAAUGUAAAUCAAACAUUAAAAAUAUUGAUAUCAAAAUAAUUAUAUUAUUGUUAAAGUAAUAAUAAUUAUUAUUUAUAUUAUUUGCUUCUUGUGUUGUAUAUUUAUUUUUAGUUUUGUAAAUUAUAUUAUGCAAGAGUGUUUGUUGUUCUAUUUAUGUAAUUUUGUUAAAUGUUGAAAAAAGAAUUCACUUGAUAA